AUUUAGCCGGGCCUUUGUGUCUCCUUUGUGCGCCGGCCCGAAGCUCUCCGCCGCACUCGCUGGUUCCCGGGCGCGUUCGUCCUCGCCGCCGCCGCCGCCGCUGCUGCAGCCGCGCGCUGGUGAAAGGAAAUGGGACGUGUGGAUCCGCACGGGAGCUGCCGCCUUCUGCGGGAACAAGGGCGACUGUUAUCCACGCUGUUUACUUUCUGCAGACUCUCCACGCAGUAUGAAAAUUACGCCUCGAAGCCCACCGUUGUUCAUUACGACGAGACAUAUCGUUCUAAGAAAACUCACACUCCUCCGCUCCUUGGUGGCGACAAUCUCUUGCGGGUGACGGAGCUGCUCUGCAAAUCCUGGCGCGCCACAGCGCUGUCUCAAUCGAGGGAGGAAGUGAGACGAACGAGUGUUUCCGGGCGCUUCGACAUUUUACGUUCUGGGUCAACAAAUAAAUCUGCAAUGAAUCAUCUUAUUCGUGCCAGCCAGACUGGGGAGAGGGAAGAAAGCAUAAAUAAUGAAGAUAGAGCGACAAACCUUCCUCAUGACUGCACCGCAGCGCUUUCAUCUGAGAUAGCUCUCUUACGCUUCGGCCCCAGCCACCAGUGCGGUCCUGGCGCCGCCGCCGCCUCCGCCGCCGCGUGUGCGUUUAGAGAUGCAGAUGACGUGGCCGCGGCCAAUCGCAAGCUCAUUACGGCUGCUCGGGCGGCGGCUGGCGUCGCCAUGGCAACCGGCCCUGCGUCUUAUCUUCGGCCGCGGGCGCCGCGCUGGCAGGGGAAAUCCGACAGCUGGGUGCAAUGGCAGCCCGGAGACCUACAACGCAGGCGACAGCUUACGACUGCGACUUUGCAAAGAAGGUCGAAGGUUAUCAACGUCGGUAAAGAAGUUCAGGUGAACAAGGAUAGUGUUUCUGUGAAAGACGAGAGACCAUUAGAACAAUGA